GGGGCGGCUAUCGCGAUAGUCGCGCGGCCCGGACGCUCCGCUGCCCGAGGGCGCUGCGCAGGUGCGGGUCCCGCCAGCCGGUCCUGGGAGAGAGUGACAGGCGCGUCCUGCCGGCUCGAGCGGCUGCCGGGGCACACCAGGGGUGCGGAGGGGCGAGCGGAUUUGUUUUAAAUAAAAGAUGGAUUGGAGUGGCAAACACAAUGGGCCCAAUGAUACAACCAAUGAUGGGACGGUGGUACGACUGCGGGGCCUGCCAUUUGGUUGCAGCAAAGAAGAGAUUGUUCAGUUUUUCCAAGGGUUGGAAAUCGUGCCAAAUGGGAUAACAUUGACGCUGGACUACCAGGGGAGAAGCACAGGGGAGGCCUUCGUGCAGUUUGCUUCAAAGGAGAUAGCAGAAAAUGCUCUGGGGAAACACAAGGAAAGAAUAGGGCACAGAUACAUUGAAAUCUUCAAAAGUAGUAAGAGCGAAAUCAGAGGAUUCUCUGACAUGCCGAGAAGAAUGAUGGGACAACAGCGACCUGGACCAUAUGAUAGACCAUUAGGAGGAAGAGGGGGUUAUUAUGGAGCUGGGCGUGGAAGUAUGUAUGACAGAAUGCGUCGAGGAGGUGGUGGAUAUGACGGUGGAUAUGGUGGCUUUGAUGAUUAUGGUGGCUAUAAUAACUAUGGCUAUGGAAACGACGGCUAUGACGACAGAAUGAGGGAUGGGAGAGGCAUGGGAGGCCAUGGCUAUGGAGCUGGAGAUGCAGGGUCGGGGUUCCAUGGUGGCGGUCAUUUUGUUCACAUGAGAGGGCUGCCCUUCCGAGCCACGGAAAACGAUAUUGCGAACUUUUUCUCGCCAUUGAACCCUAUAAGAGUUCACAUUGACAUUGGGGCAGAUGGAAGAGCUACAGGAGAGGCAGACGUGGAGUUUGUGACACACGAGGACGCAGUAGCUGCCAUGUCUAAGGAUAAGAACCACAUGCAGCAUCGAUACAUUGAACUGUUCCUGAAUUCCACUGCUGGAGGUGGCUCUGGAAUGGGAGGCUACGGCAGAGAUGGAAUGGAUCAAGGUUACGGCUCGGUCGGUAGGAUGGGCAUGGGCAGCAAUUACAGCGGCGGGUACGGAACUCCGGAUGGCCUGGGCGGAUACAGUCGUGGCAGUGGAAAUAGUGGAGGAUACUAUGGGCAAGGCAGUAUGGGUGGAGGAGGAUGGCGUGGGAUGUAUUGAAGGAUAGCCUUGCUUCUGCAAAACACCCUGGAAGAAACAGUCUCUGGUCUACUAGACUUUCUUACAAAAUUUAAUUUCUUUUGUAUUUUAAGAACUUUAUAAUGACUGAAGGAAUGUGUUUUCACAAUAUUAUUUGGUAAGCAACAGAUUGUGAUGGGAAAAUCUGUUUUCUGUAGGUUUUAUUUGUUGCAUACUCUGACUUUAAAUAAAUUUUUAUAUUCAAACCACUGAUGUUGAUACUUUUUAUACUAGUUACUCCUAAGGAUGUAUUACAUAUUCAAGGCUACAGUCGGUUUAAGUUGUUGUACUGUGGUUCCAUAAAGGUGGUUGUACUGUAACUCCUAUGAACACUGAUUGAGUUCUGUGUAAUCUUGGUUUAGUGAACAAAUUUGAAACAUUCACUUGUUUAAGGGGAAAAAGAUAGAUGCAUAGAUUAGUUUAUUUGGUUAAAGCCUUUCCUAAACCCUUUUGAUAAGUUGUAUGUAAUAAUUGCACCACAGCAUAAAGCUGUGGAGGCUGAAAGUCAUUGUUCUGCCUUCCUUCCUUCCUUCUGCUGGCACAUCCACCACCACCAGCUCCACACCUGUGUGAACAAGCAGUACCUCUGCUUUCUGCUCCACAGAACCAAGCACCACAUUCAUUUCCAUGCUUUGCUGUAGCUCCAGAGCCUGCACUUCACACACGUAGCCUGCAAAGCAGCCCAGCUUUUCCUUCACAUGACAUAGGUCAAACACUUGGAAGCUUUUUCUUAGUAUUUUUUUCACAAACAUGCUUUCAGCAAGAGUGGGGAGUUGGAAGCAAGUUAGACUUUUCUUUCUUGAAUUUAUUGUAUUUAGACAUGGUUCAGCUUUUUUUUGCUGCUCAGAGCUGACUUGUCUGUAUUUGCUGAAAAUCUGCCAAGCUUUUCUACAGAUGAGCUCCUUAGAAGCCAAGAUCUCUAAAAUAUCUGUAGGCCCAAUACUAUUCAGUAACACAACCCAAACAAUAAAACUUUCUGUGCAUUUGUGACAUGUAAGAUAUGUAAGAAACUAUUGUUUGAAGACACUUAACAUACCUGAUGUGUAAUGGAAAAAGGUAUUUAUUCUUCUGAGCCAGUGUGAUCUCCCAAAUUAACUGCUUUGUCCUCAAUGCCUCCCUUAAAAUGUCAAAUGUGAUCUUGGGUAUUGCAAGUCUGUCACCUGUUUUGCUAGUACUGUGUUAUAUCUGUAAUAAAUGUCUUCUUGUGGGA